GAAAUGAAUUAUUGCGAAAUUAUGAAUAACUUCGAUUACAGAAGUUUACCUAACAUUAGCAUUGUGGACUACAAGCAAGCUAAAUUAACAAUUUUGUUCCUAAAGAAAUUAAUAGUUUGCAACGCGUUCUAUGAUCAUCAAAUGGCCGUACCAAGUGCUGUUAGAUUCGUUGUAAUAAACAUACCCAUGUUGGAGAAGGUGAAGUACACAAACCAGCGUUCUGUGGAGAUAUUGUCAAGUUUGCUGGGCAUAAUUAAAAUUUUGUUGCAAAAGUCUAAGAACAACGAGACCAACAAAAACUACUUCAUUAGAAAAAGGGAACUAUUACUCAAUAAUCUAA